CAUAGCGGAAGGCACACUGCGUAUCAAAUUUGAAGAUUACGUUCUUCAAUCUUCCUUUUAUAACUUGAAAAGUGAUUCAAUCGGAUCUCGAAAGAAUUUUGGGGUUUUUGUUGCUUAAUUUGAUUUACGUAGAUAAAUAUAUUUUUGAUUUUGUAUCAAUGGUGACGGUGGAUAACGAGCGAUGUGAUAGUAUGAGUAUGGAAUCGAAGCGGCCGUCCACGGCGGCGAUGAAUAAUAACAAUAACCGGAAUCAGAUACAAAAGCUAGAGGUUUACAAUGAGAUUAUUCUGCGACUCAAAGAAUCCAACAGCGAUGAAGCCAAAGAACCUGGUUUUGAUGACGAGCUCUUUGCGCACUUCAAUCGUCUUCCGACAAGGUAUGCACUUGAUGUAAAUGUUGAAAGGGCAGAAGAUGUACUCAUGCACAAGAGAUUGCUGAGUUUAGCACAUGAUCCUGUUAAUGGACCUGUAUUCGAUGUUCGCCUUGUUCAGGUUUCUCAGAGUUCAGAAGAUUCAGUCGACUGCAGCUCACCUGGGAAACAGACAACCCAAAGCAUUCAUCCACCACCUGCCUUUGGUUCCGCACCUAAUCUUGAAGCCCUUGCACUUGAAGCAAAUGGAAAUAAUUCUGUAAAUAGUCACAUAGACAUUCCCAGGCCAAUGCAUGAAAUUACCUUUUCAACAGAUGACAAACCAAAGCUUCUGAGUCAGUUGACAAGCUUACUGGCUGAAAUAGGACUGAAUAUCCAGGAAGCACAUGCUUUUUCUACAGUAGAUGGAUACUCAUUAGAUGUCUUUGUUGUUGAUGGAUGGGCAUUUGAGGAAACUGAAGAGCUCCGAGAUGCAAUAGAAAGAAAACUUUCUAAGCUUGAGAAACAAUCUUGGAAAGAUCAGCAAGACCAAAGAGGAAAAAGUUGCCAAAUUGAUCACUUAAGAAUACCAAAUGAUGGAACAGAUGUUUGGGAAAUUGAUCCUCAGUUUCUGUCUCUUGAUCACAAAGUUGCAUCUGGAUCUUAUGGUGAUCUAUAUAAAGGUACAUAUCGUAGUCAAGAGGUGGCUAUCAAGAUGCUUAAGGCUGAGCGUAUAGACACAGAUAUGCAACAAGAAUUUGCCCAAGAAGUUUAUAUCAUGAGGAAAAUCCGACAUAAGAAUGUUGUGCAGUUUAUUGGAGCAUGUACUAAACCAUCAAGCUUGUGCAUUGUAACUGAAUUCAUGAGUGGGGGAAGUGUGUAUGAUUAUUUGCACAAACAAAAGGGUACAUUUAAGCUUCCAAUAUUACUCAAAGUUGCAAUUGAUAUAUCAAGGGGGAUGAACUACCUGCAUCAGAACAAUAUUAUACACAGGGACCUCAAGUGUGCAAAUCUUCUCAUGGAUGAAAACGAUGUUGUUAAGGUGGCUGAUUUUGGAGUCGCAAGAGUGAAGGCUCAGACAGGUGUCAUGACAGCAGAAACCGGAACAUAUAGAUGGAUGGCUCCCGAGGUUAUUGAACACAAACCGUAUGAUCUCAAGGCAGAUGUUUUCAGUUUUGGGGUUGUUUUAUGGGAGUUGCUCACUGGAAAGCUUCCAUACGAGUUCUUGACCCCAGUACAGGCAGCUAUUGGAGUAGUUCAAAAGGGUUUAAGGCCUACUAUACCCAAGAACACACAACCAAAGCUCGCUGAACUUCUUGGGAAAUGCUGGCAAAAAGACCCAACUUUAAGACCAGACUUCACUGAGAUAAUAGAUAUCCUCAAGAAAAUAACUAUUGAAGUUGAAAACGCAGAGGACAGGCGGACAGAAAAGGGAUCGGGUCGAUUCCUAUCGCUACUUAGGCGGGGCCAUCAUUGAACUAAACCUCGUAAUUUACUAUUUACUAUGGCAUCUAAAAUGGCUUGUUACACAAGCCACUGUACAGUAAUAUACUUAAUUAUCUUAUUUCCCCUUCUCUUUUUGGACUAGAAAUUGUCCAACUUACAAAAAAGUACAAUUUUCGUUGCAUAUACUUGCAAGUAAUUAUUACUUUAAGCAAACUUACCUUACC